AACAUCAACGAUGGAACGUAAAUGGGUGUGGAUUUUAAUGUUAUUUUUAACAUUUCAAAAAGUUAAACUUGAGGAAACUAAUGGCAUUACUUGGUGUACUGUUAGUACAGAAGAGCAAAAGAAAUGCAAUGAUUUCUCUAGAAUUGUAAACAGAACAUCUACCAUAAGAGUAAAUCUUUAUUGUCGACAAGCUACAGAUAAAGAUCAAUGUAUGAAUCUGAUUGACUCGGGAAGAGCAGAUCUAAUUACUUUAGAUCCAGGAGAAAUAUAUCUUGCAGGACGCUAUAGCAGUUUAGUGCCGAUUAUGGCUGAACGUUAUGGACCUGAGGAAGCUGAUGGUUAUUAUUCUGUUGCUGUGAUUAGAGGUUCCCUCAAUGUAAACUCUUUGAUUGACCUGAAAGGUAAAAGGGCUUGUUUUCCAGCUGUUGGCCAGAUGGCAGGAUGGGGUAUUCCUAUGUCAGUUUUAAUUGAUAAAGAUAUUGUAGAAAUUAAAGACUGCAACAAUCUAAUUAAGACUGCAGCUGCCUUCUUUGGACCGAGUUGUGCACCUAAUUCUUUAACUGCCAAUUUUAAUCCUACAGGUGACAAUCCACUUCACAUGUGUGACUUAUGUGCAGGUGAUACAGGCACACGAUGUACAGGAAGUGAUCCUUAUGCAAAUUUUGAUGGAGCAUUCCAAUGUUUCGUGAAUGGUAGUGAUAUAGCAUUCCUCAAACAUACAACAGUGGAUGAAAUGACCUCAUCUUUGUCUUACCGUGGACCAAACAAAAAUUCAUUCAAGUUGUUAUGUCCAAAUGGGUUUACAGCUUCUAUAGAUUCAUAUAAGAACUGUAACUGGGGCUAUGUUCCAGCUCAUGCCGUUGUGGCAACAUCUGCUGCAUCCCCAGAAAGAAAGCUUCAGUUCCAGAAGUUUUUGUCGCUUGCUGCAUCAAAGUUUGGCUCAAGCAUGCUUGAAAGUGGGAGAAAUUGGGAUGAUCGAAGGACUGAUAACUCUAAUCAAGAAAGAGGAGCCACUUUUUCAUUCUCUCUAUUUGGUUCUAACAGUCAGUACCAAGGAAGAAAUUUGCUGUUUCAAGAUUUAACAUCAAGACUUGUUCCAUUGGGAGAAAAUGAACAAACUUUUUCAGGCUACUUGGAAAGUGUUCAACAGACUUUUCAAUUUAAACUUCAAAAGUGUCCUAUUCCAGCAGCACGUUUGUGCGUGAUUUCUGAUCUGGAGAUGAAAAAAUGUCAAAAAAUGAAGACUGCAUUUCGUGCAAGGAUGUUAAAGCCUGAUUUGGUUUGUAUAAAUGGAUACAGCCAAAUGAAGUGCAUGCAGUUAAUCAAAGAAAAUGCUGCUGAUUUAGUUGUAUUAGAUGCUGGAGAUCUUUACCAUGCUGGACAAAAAUUUGAUUUAAUACCAAUAAUAGCUGAACAGUAUGACUUGGAUGAACCUGCAUAUUAUGCAAUUGCAGUGGCUAGACAACCAGAUAAGAAAACAGAUUUAUUGUAUCUAAAAGGAAAGAGAUCAUGUCAUACAGGUAUAGGAAUGGCUGCUGGUUGGGUAAUACCAAUGAGUUUUCUUAUUUCUAGUGAGAGAAUGCGAUCUUAUGGAUGUGAUUCAGCUCAUGCUGCGGCAGAAUUUUUCCAAAAGAGUUGUGUGCCGGGUGCUUUAUCAAGAGAAUAUACUGUAGGGGAAACUCAGUAUAACACAUUAUGUGAUCUUUGCCAUGGUUCAAGCUCAUAUUUUUGCUCAAAAUCUUCUUCAGAACCAUUUUUUGGCCAUACAGGGGCAUUGCGAUGUCUAGUUGAGGGGGGUGGUGAAAUAGCUUUUGUUAAACAUACUACUAUAUUGGAAAAUACUGCUGGUAAAAACAAAGAUUGGUGGUCUCGCCCAAUGAUGCCUGAUGAUUUUGAGCUUUUGUGCCGUGAUGGUAGUAGAGCAGCAUAUGAUAAACACGAAAAAUGCAAUUUGGGAAAAGUUGCCUCAAAUGCCAUGGUCACUGAUAGAUCAAAACCGAAAGAAUAUGUAAAUGCAUAUAUUGCAUUGUUUCUUUAUGCCCAGCAGUUUUAUGGAUCAAAGUACAGUGAAGAAUUUACAUUCAAAAUGUUUGUCUCUGAAGGGGAAUCAAGUGAUUUGAUAUUCCAAGAUGCAACACAGCAGUUGAAAAUUGUACCUCAAGAAAAGCAGGAAUAUCGCAGCUAUCUUGGCCGUGAAUUUUUGCAAGCAAUCAAAAUUGUUGAUUGUACAGCCUCAUCAAAAUAGGCUGAUAAAUCAGUACAGAAGUAUUCUUUAGUUUUCUACAGUAAAAAGGAAAUCAGGAAGCUUAAAGUGAAUGCAAUCUAUAUGCUUUCAGUAAUGAGUUGUUAUGACUGUUUUAUAUUUUAUAUAUCAUUAUUGAAAUUUUUAUUUAUUUUAUUUUUAGUUUUGUUGUCUCAUUCAUUUAGCAUAAUGGUGUUUUUUCUUAGGCCUUAUUCCAAUUUUAUAUGUUUGUAUCAUUUUAUUUUUUUAAGCUUGUGUUUCAAAAUUGUCUUCCAUGUGUUAUUUGGUACAAUGCUAUAGUUUUUUGUUUCUUCUCAAAAUACUUUUGUAUUAUGCAAAUUUUUUGCUUAGUAUUUUCUUAUUUUCAUUUUAGGGGUUUAGAAAACACUUAUAUAUUUUAUAGUAAUGACGUUCUAGAAUCUCAAAAUAUUGUUUUUUUUAAAAAACUUUUUAUAUUUUAAUGUGCUUUUUGCACUUUGUGUGUAAGAUUGAAUUUCUUACACCAUUUUUUACAUUCCGUCCAAUGAGGUUUUUAUCGAUGUAAAUGAAAUACAGAGUUAAUACUGGAGCUUAUAUAAAAUAAACUGUGGUACUUUUAUGAAAGAUAAUGUAGCUCUUUUUAAAUGUUUCUUUCAAAGCUAUAUUCUUCAUACCUCAGCAAAUAAUAGUAAUUAUAAUAACAAUAAAGGAAUAAAAUAUUUCUAUGGUUAAAUCCUAUUACCAAUAAAAUGUUACAUUUCAUGUAUUUAAGUAUAACCAACCCUUUAAAAAAAUUCUAUGCAAAUUGUUGUCUAUUUGAUUGUUAAAGAUAAUUAUUAAAAUGAUGAAAGUGGAAAACAGUUCGCAACCCUGUAUUUUCUCCUAAAAUUUUGCAAAAGAAAUUUUUGGCAGAAUUUGAAUAAUUGUGUUGUUAUUUAUAUAAAAAUGUAUUUUUGCAUCUUUUUUUUUUUUUUUUUUUGUGUAUUCCUGCCUUAGCCCGUGCUUUGGGCAGUAACCUACUGUAUUUGUUAUACUUUUUUGUUAUAUGUUAGUUAAUUGAACAGCAUUCCAGUAUUUUUACUUGGUUCAACUUGAUAUGAAAUUUUUAUUUUCUUUGUUCCGUUUUACAACUGUAUGUUUUAUUAAUAUAUUCUGAUUGAUUAUUCUUCAUUGUUUUUCUCACUAAAAAAUGUAUUAGUUGUUGUACUUCUGAAUAUCCGUCCAUAAUAAAAAAAAUAUAUAUAUUUUC